GCAUCUUGGUCAAAGUUCUUCCGCAAAUCCCAAGAGGGAAAAGAAGAAGAACCUGGUUCUGAACCAGAUGUCCGAGUAAGGAAUGCAAGCAGACAUGAUGGGCAUUUAACCAAGUCCAGACUGGAUUCUUUGCAGAAGAAGAUAUCUGUCUACAAUAUAAGAGGAUACAAGCCACCUGAUGAUGUUGAAGGAAAGGUCGCAUCCGUGGCUUCCGCUGUUGUUGGUACCAAAGUCAGCCCUUCCUUCAGACUCGAUGAUCGAGUCGUAAAAUUCAAGGUUCUGACAAAAUUGAUGAUGGAGUUUGACCAUGGCGUGCCGAACAAUGAACUGAGUCACAUGAAUACCAUCCAAGACGCCGUCAACUUUUUCUCAACCCCCGUCCACGACAGAUCAUCCUUCGAAGGCAUGGCCAAGUUAAAUCUCCCCAAAAAUCUGCACAUCCAGUUUGAGCCAGUCAGAUUUGACCCAGACACCGACACAUUUUUUGACGGAAAGACUGCAUUCCCAGGAAGGCCGACUGUUGUUACUUCCUUGAAGUACUGCCGAAAGUACAAAGGCAACUCUGGACAGUCGAGGAAUGAGAGAAGUGUCACCGAGUUUGAGUUACAACAGCAACUUGAACAAGAUUAUGAGAGGUUGGGCAUCAAGGAUCCAAGAAAAAGGAAAUUCUAA